CCUUGCCCGACUGGAAGGCAGAAGUUCCUUGAAAGACAUAGAACCAUAUCUGUUUGCUGAUGAAGAUUCACCUGUGCAUGGUGCUAUUCUUGAAUUUCAUGGUCCAGAAGGAACAGGAAAGACAGAGAUGCUUUAUCACUUAACAGCACGAUGUAUACUUCCAAAAUCGGAAGGUGGACUGGAAGUAGAAGUCUUAUUUAUUGACACGGAUUACCACUUUGACAUGCUUCGGCUUGUUACAGUUCUUGAGCACAGACUGUCCCAAAGUUCUGAAGAAGUGAUAAAGCAUUGCCUCGGGAGACUCUCUCUGGUCUACUGCAGUAGUAGCACGCAGCUGCUUCUCACGCUGUACUCGCUAGAAACCAUGUUUUGUAGUCGCCCCUCCCUCUGCCUUCUGAUUUUGGAUAGCCUGUCGGCUUUUUAUUGGAUAGACCGUGUCAAUGGAGGAGAAAGUGUUAACUUACAGGAGUCUGUUCUGAAGAAAUGUUCUCAACUCUUAGAGAAACUUGUAAAUGAGUAUCGAUUGGUUCUUUUUGCAACAACGCAAAGUAUAAUGCAGAGAACCGCAAACUCAGCAGAAGGUCCUUCUUGUGCCUCCAACCGUCCGAGUGAUGCGGAGCUAGACUAUCGGCCCUACCUCUGUAAGGCGUGGCAGCAAGCGGUGAAGCACAGGAUCUUUUUCUUCAAACAUGAUGAUUCUAACACCAGCAACCAAUUUUCUUUAGUUUCACGUCAUUUAAAAAGUAACAACUUAAGAAAACAUUUUUUUAUUAUCAGAGAAAGUGGCGUUGAGUUUUGUUGAUACGUGUCAUAAAAUAGCCUUUGAGGAGAAUACUAAGCAAGUUUUAAAAGUCUUUAGUAGGCUAAAAUGAUUUGAUUCUAAAGUUUUAAAGUCUCAGGGAAUUUAACAUGACAGUAUUUCUGCACAAGGUGGAUUUCUUAAACUAGUACCGUUUAAGCCUGUUCUGUUCCUAGGUUGUGAAGAUUAUUCAGAGUGAUAAUAAUAAUUAAACUGUAUGUGAUUAAGUUGUUUAAAAACUGAAUAAGACUCAUUUCAGUCCAAAUAAAAUGGAGUUUUAUAA